UUGCAAUCUUAUGACAUUUCUUUGACUUUUGAAUGAAAAAUGACAAUUGACAGCAGAAUGUUUUGUUUUGCAGGAGUUGACAGUCAAGCUAAAUAAUGUGAAGCACUUAUCGCUAUUGUAUCAAAACUUGAUCUCUUCAUUGGACUGGAAAAUUGGAAACAAACGGUGGAUAUAAUCAAAUUGAAAUGAAUUCUUCAGAAUACAAAAAGUAUCAUGAAUCAUUCAUGCAAAACAACCACGGAUCUAAUGCAAGCCAUGUAUUUUUCUGCAUAUUUUUUACUGUACAAUGUUCUGUUUUAGCAGCUUACAAAAUAAGAUUUAUUUCCUACAGAUACGCUUAUGAGUAUCUUUAUAUAGUUCUGCCACUGAUAUGUGCUCAUACAAUACUAUCUAACUAUUUAAACUUUUUAAACAUUAUUGUAUUUCUAAUUGUAAACUACAAUAUAAUUACAACAACAAAUUUGUCUAUAGCAAAAACAAAAUUGAAUCAGCUGAAUAAAUUCAAAAAUAAUAGGAUCCAAUCAAUAUCUUUAUUGAGAGGGCUUACUUAUUUAAUCACUGUAUUUUGUAUAUUGGCAGUUGAUUUUAAAGACUUUCCUAGAUAUUUAGCUAAGACAGAGAACUAUGGGUACAGCCUAAUGGACACUGGGGUUGGGUUAUUUGUACUAAUGAGUGGUUUAGUACACAAGGAGUUAGCUAAAAAUAAAUACACAGACAUUAUAAAAGGAAAUCUAAAAUUUGUAACUAUAUUACUAUUUCUCGGGGUUGCAAGAUUUUGUUCAAUAAAACAAUUAGAUUAUCAGGAACAUGUCACAGAGUAUGGAGUGCAUUGGAACUUCUUCUUUACCUUAGCUAUUUGUAAAAUACUAUCCACAAUACUUCUAUAUUUUAUUGAAUGUUCUAAUUCAUUGAGUUUUGUAGUACUGUUUGUACAUGAAUUAUUUUUAUAUUUAGGUUUGCAAGGUUGGGUUUUUGGCGAUUCCCCUCGUGAUUCCUUAAUAUCUGCUAACCGUGAAGGAGUAUGUUCCUGUUUAGGAUAUGUUGCACUUUACCUCUUUGCGGCACAUUUAAAGACAGAGUUAACCAAUGUAGCGGUUACAAGACAUGUGAUAAUAUGGAAGUUAAUAAAAUCCACCAUAAUAAUGUGGGUAGUUUCCUACAUUAUAAAUGAAUUUCGCCCUGCAUCCAGAACAUUAGCAAAUGCAAGCUACUGCCUUUAUUUAGAGACUGUCUUAUUGACUAUGGAAUUAAUACUAUACUUUGUAGAAGUUACUCAGGCAGAGGAAACCGAUUUUAAUGUGCCAUUAAUAUUACAACAUAUAAAUACAAAUGGAUUGUCAUAUUUCUUAGCAGCCAACUUAUUAACUGGUAGUGUCAAUUUAACUAUACGGACUUUACUAGCAUCUAAUAUUGUUACAUUUAUUAUACUUAACACAUAUAUGAUUCUUACUACCGCAUUUGUUGUGUAUAUAAAUAAAAGAGGUAUAAAAUUGUAAACAUUUUAUUAAUAUAACAUUAAAUAAAAAUAAUUGUUAAAUAAAUUAUAACAAACUUAUUAGUAACACAUUAUUUUUGUUAUAACAGUAUUUUUUAUGAUCACAGGAUUAAAAAAAAAAACUUAAAUAAAACACAAAUUUGAGGGAAAAUAUUUGUAGCAUUUGGGCUCAAAUUAUUGUAAUUACAUACUAUAUAGCAGUUUGAAUUUAUGUUUUCUAUAACCAUUAUUGAAUUGUAUAUUAUAUACAGGACAUAUAUAAAUAAACAUCAAGACUGAUUGUAUUUAUUAAAUAUAAGUCAUAUAUGGGGUCAUUUUGAUAUUGCACUGGUAUAACUGACUGAAAGUGUCCUGCAACAAAUUCUUUUAUAAUAGUAUUGUAGGCAUUGGGGCAUAAAAUUAAAAUUAUUAUGUAUUACAUUAAUAUUAGUUUUUUGAUACUUACAUUUUUUUUAUUUACUGCUGUUUAAAUAAGUUAUUGUAAAGCAUUAUAUUGAACAUGACAAAUAUGUGGUUUCAUUUAGUAAUGCAAUGUCAAAAUGACCCUGUAUAUACUAUAGUAUAGACUAUUUAAAAAACUAUUUGUAAUACAUCAUAAAGUUAUACACAUUAUACCAUAACAUUUGUUGUUAAAAUAAUCGAGUUUGUUUUUAAGCAACAACAGAAUUUCUCGCUCGAGUAAUUGUAGGUAAAAUUGAUUUGAAUGUACUAAAUACUAAUCUCAUCACAAAGUUUCCCUGUUGCAAUACCUUUGCUAACAUGACUGCAAGACUAUACUAGCUAGUAAAGUCUAGACAAAAAUUAGCUCAGCGGUAUAUAAGUGACUACGGUAAGAGCGAUGCAAGUGGUUAGUGGUAAAUCUAUAAGAGUCGCUAAACAACUUGAACACAAUAUCGCAUGGCGGGAGAUUUUUCUUUACUAAGCGUUGGGAUUUAUUUUGUACGCAAGUGCAGGUGUUUAGGACAAAAAUAUUCACCACACGACAGUAUGCUCAAGUUGUUUGACCACUUUUAUACAGUCUGUCAAUCAAGUACAAGCCCAGGCAGUCAGCCAAUGCAGUCUGCCUCCUUUAUUCCGCAAAUGACUGCUAACUGCGCGUAGGAUAGCUUGUUUUUUUAUGUUAACCUAUGUUUUGAAUCGAGACUAGUCAGUAAAAUUAAAUAUUAAUUAAAUGUUAUAGAAAUAUGUUGUAUUUCUUCUCCUGAGUUAUGUAUAUUGUGAUUAAAAAAUAUUCUAUUAUUUCUAUUGAACACAUUGCUAUUAAGUAUAUCAAAGUUUUUAAAAAUUAAAAUCUAUUUAAAAAUAUCUUGUAAAAAGAAAAGAUGUGUAACAUAUUCGGAUUGAACUGUACAUAUCAUCCUUGGUAUCCCCAGGGUGGUUGAAGGCUAUCAGACAUGUCAUGGUCAGACUGGCGGCCGGUUGUUAAAAUUAAACGUGCCAAACUCUUUAGCAAAGUGUUUGAAUAGUGGACUUAUGUAUGGAGACUAAAUGUACUUAUCAGGUGACUUGUUAUCCUAUCCAAAAGGUUUACAGUCAACCACAGAAUUAGGUGAUCAAAUCUAAUACUAUAAACCGCCUAUACACUUCGUUCUUGCCAACAUUUUUUUUUUUACAAAAAUAAAAGGGGUUUACUUCACACAAAAGAUUUUUUUUUUUAAAUUAUACUAAUACAAGUAUAGGUGAUCAGAAGUUUUGAAUUUUUUCAGCUACUUUGGGGUUGACUGUACAUACAGAGAAUCAUUGUGUUUAAUUCCUACACCAAAAAUACGUCCCUUUCAUAUCUUCCUUAAGCUGCUAAUAAAGUAAAACUAAUCACUACACCAAAUAUAUUAAACCAAAUAGGUACCUUCAUAUAAAAAUCUACAAUGCUACCUAAUUCCAAUUUCUAAUCACAAAUUGUAAAUUAUAUUAUAAAAUAUAUAUUUUUGUUGAUCACAGUC